CGAACCGUGGACACCCCUACUAAGAGGUAGAGCCGCCGCAUUGCUCCCACUCUCUGAGGAAGGAGAAGGACGAACGCCUCUGGGCUGCAGAUUGUAGCAGAGCAGUCAUGGUGAAGUAUUCCAGGGAGCCGGACAAUCCAACCAAGUCCUGCAAGGCCAGGGGCUCGGAUCUAAGAGUUCAUUUCAAGAACACCCGGGAGACAGCACAUGCAAUUAGAAAGUUGCCUCUGGCCAAGGCUAAGAGGUAUUUGGAGGAUGUGUUGGCCCACAAGCAAGCCAUUCCAUUCCAACGCUUCUGUGGUGGUGUUGGUCGAACAGCUCAAGCUAAAAACCGCCAUCCAAAUGGGCAGGGACGCUGGCCUGUUAAGUCUGCCAAAUUCAUUCUAGAUUUGCUUAAGAAUGCUGAGAGUAAUGCUGAUGUGAAAGGUUUGGAUGUGGAUUCGCUGUAUAUUUCACACAUCCAGGUAAACCAGGCCCAGAAGCAGAGACGUCGCACAUACCGUGCUCAUGGGAGAAUUAAUCCCUAUAUGUCUUCUCCUUGCCACAUUGAGUUGAUUUUGUCUGAAAAGGAAGAAACAGUGAAGAAGGAGCCUGAGACUCAGUUGGCUCCAAGAAAAACUAAGAAGGCUCAAGCUCUAAGAAGUGGUGCUUCUUCUUGAGUGUUUUGUCCGGGGGUUGGUUCCUAGUAGUUCUUAAUCGUUUCAUUGUCCUCUUUCCCAGACUUUAGUUUCUUAAAAAUGUUUUGUUUUUUAGUAUUGUUGGUGUCUGUUGAAACCAAUCGCUUUUCUGAUUUAUAUUUCAUCAGUGUUCUAUUUGGUUUACUUUUUGGGUGGAAUUUUUUUUUAUAGUUAUUAAAUUAGCAGUGGAAAAAUCUGCAGUCUGCACA